GUGGCGGCCUUGUAUAAACAGGGCGAUCCCCACGCCUUCGGCUCGCUAAGCUUAGAUCUUUGCGCCUAUCUUGAACGCGGUCGAUUAGAUCUGGUGUGAUAAAAUGCGUGGCCUAUGGUUUCUAACUGCCCUUAGCGGCCUCGCGGUCGCGGAGGACGGUCUCAACGCAUGGUUGCGAUAUGCGCAACUACCCCCCAAUCUUACUAGGCACGAUGGCAUCCCCUCUACCAUUGUGGCUCUUAAUGCCACCGAGACGAGUCCAGUAUAUACGGCCGGCCAGGAGUUACAGAAAGGAAUUAGUGGGAUUCUCGGCCAAACACCCAACGUAACACACGAAGUUAGUGAUGCCGCUUCCGUGGUUGUAGGCACCGUCGCUGCCUUCAACAGCUCCGGGAUUGCGACCGAAGUCCCCGCACUUGAGGAAGACGGUUUCUGGCUUAGUACCAAAGACGACAAGGUCGAGAUUGUAGGACAAAACGAGCGGGGAGCAUUAUACGGCGCUUUCGAGUACUUGUCCAUGCUAGCCCAGGGGAACUUCACGGAAGUAGCUUAUGCCACCAACCCUAGCGCCGCGAUCCGUUGGAUCAAUCAGUGGGACAACAUGGAUGGCAGCAUUGAACGUGGUUACGGCGGAUCCUCCAUAUUCUUUGCGCGCAACGGCAUCUCGUCCAACGUGACACGCAUCUCCGAAUAUGCACGUCUCCUAGCCUCGAUUCGGGUUAAUGGCAUUAUUGUCAACAACGUCAACGCCAACGCUGCACUGCUAAGUGACACUAACAUGGCCGGUCUAGCUAAGAUCGCGGAUGCCAUGCGACCGUGGGGCGUCAGGGUAGGUAUCUCGCUUAACUUCGCAUCGCCUCAAUCCGCCGGCGGGCUAAAUACAUUUGACCCGCUCGAUUCUAAAGUCAUUUCCUGGUGGAACGGUAUCACAGAUAAAUUGUACACGCACGUCCCUGAUCUCGCCGGGUUCCUCGUAAAAGCGAACUCCGAAGGUCAGCCUGGGCCAAUUACUUAUGGACGCACCCUUGCCGAAGGUGCGAAUCUAUUUGCUCGCGCCGCUAAACCGCAUGGCGGCAUUGUUAUGUUCCGUGCUUUUGUGUAUGACAAUCAGCACUUGAAUGAGCGGAACUGGAAAGACGACCGUGCGAACGCAGCUGUGGAUUAUUUCCGCGAUCUUGAUGGAAAGUUCGAUGAUAACGUCGUCGUACAGGUUAAAUACGGCCCUAUCGAUUUUCAAGUCCGGGAACCAGCUUCGCCAUUGUUUGCGCAUUUGCAGAAGACGGCGUCUGCUAUUGAACUGCAGAUUACCCAGGAGUACCUCGGCCAGCAGUGCCAUUUGGUGUACCUCCCACCACUAUGGAAGACUAUCUUGGAUUUCGAUUUAAAAGUUGAUGGCCAGAAAUCGGUUAUUGGCGAAGAUGUCCUGUCUGGUCGACGAUUUAAUAAGACGGGUCUAACGGGGUACGCUGGUGUUGUCAACGUCGGGCAACACCCAACAUGGCUGGGCUCGCAUCUCUCUAUGUCGAACUUAUAUGCGUACGGUCGAUUAGCUUGGGACCCAAAUUUGGACUCCGCGGCGAUACUGGAUGACUGGACACGUCUAACGUUCGGGCUCUCAGAGACGGUUGUUAAUACCGUCGCGAGCAUGUCGCUGGUGUCGUGGGAGGCAUAUGAGAAUUACACAGGGAAUCUCGGCGUGCAGACCUUGACAGACAUCACAGGCCCACACUACGGACCCAACCCCCAAUCCAUGGACAACAAUGCAUGGGGCCAAUGGACGCGCGCGGAUGCAUAUGGAAUUGGCAUGGAUCGAACAGUGAAGAACGGAACCGGGUUCGCCGGCCAGUAUCCGGAAGAGGUGGCGGCGCAGUUUGAAGACAUCGAGACAACACCCGAUGACUUAUUACUCUGGUUUCACCAUGUUCCAUACACACAUGUGCUGAAAAACGGCAAAACCGUUAUUCAGCACUUUUAUGAUGCGCACUACGCCGGUGCCGAAACAGCAGCCACAUUCCCCAAGCAAUGGGAAGCAGUAAAGGGAUUAAUCGAUGAUCAGCGCUAUGACGAAGUACUAUUCCGAUUAACGUAUCAAGCAGGCCAUGCGAUCGUAUGGCGCGACUCCAUCAACACAUUCUAUAACAGUUUAUCCAAAAUAGCAGAUGAGCAGAAGCGAGUUGGAAACCAUACCUGGCGCAUUGAAGCUGAAUCUAUGACCCUGCGCAACUAUCGUAGUGCAACCGUCAACCCCUUCGAAAUGGCGUCAAAUCUGCACGUCGUACAAGCCAGCGGUGGAUCUACCGCUAGCGUUUCCGCGCCUCUAAACUUCACCUCAGGUACCUACGAUAUUGCGGUCGCGUACUACGAUUUAGCGGGCGGCAGCGCAUCCUACGAGCUAUUCGUUAACGACAAGAGCAUCGGGAAAUGGGUCGGUGAUAACGAAUCCAAGCUCGGGUAUACCACAACUAAUGGGGUGAACGGACACUCGGCGACGCGAAUUACAUUCAAACGUAUCGAGGUGAAAGAAGGCGAUACGGUGCGCGUUGAGGGAAAACCAAGUGGGAGCGAAUCUGCACCGUUGGAUUAUGUAGCUGUGUUACCGCCGGGGGUAGUGGAUUGAAUGGGUGACGUAGAUACUACUUGAUUAGGUUUAGUAGAUACCGUAUUUGCUGCAUGCAUGUCUAGUUGUACCCGGACAAGUACUUAAGCUUAAAAGAAGCAUAUUUCUAAUGAUUGGUUCUAAAAAGCCAGUUGAAUUUUGUAGAACUGAUGCAAGCCAGGGGUAUUUUAUUGGCGGAUAAGACGUCUCGGGA